UUUGUCAUUUGUUCAACAUGUCGAAAAGUGUUCCAAAUCCUAGUCAGAAGGGAGUACCCGAGAAAUCUAAAAAUGUGGUCCAGGAAAAACCAAAGCCUUCGGUUGCCGAAAAGGCCAAAGAAGUAGGUUCCGAGAAAUCAAAGACUGUGGAUUCCAAGAAAACUCCAGAAGUAGUUCCUGACAAGUCCAAGGAAGCGGUUUCCGAUAAAUCCAAGGAAUUAGUUCCGGAUAAGUCCAAGGAAGGGGAUCCCAAAAAGCCCAAAGAAGCAGAAGCCGAUAAAUCGAAGGAAACGAAAUCCACGGAAGUGGUCGCAGAAAAGCCGCCCGAAGUGAUUCUUGAAAGAGCCACCUCCGUUGUCCUCUACCCGGACCUGUUCCCCGAAGAACCACCGUCACUGGAAGCGGAGCUCAAGCGAGGUGCCCGAGAGCUUAAGCUCAGACAGCGAAAAACCCAACGCGAACGUAGCCGCAAGAAGAAAAAGGAUGUUGAUCCGAAGGUCUCCAAAAUCGUGUUCCCUGAGACGCCGAAAUUCUCCGGCUGUCACCACAACGAAACCAUCGUGAUCGAGCGGGAACUGCUCCGUCCGGAGGAGCACAUCAAGUUGCUGGCGAUGCCGAAGGAAAAGCCAAUUCCGCAAUACGCACGCCUCGUUCAUGUGCCAAUUCCACCAGCAACAAACCACAUCAAGGUUCUUGCCCAACCCCGGGCGUACUACAUCAAGGACACCAUCAACCGCCAUGGCAAGUACCUCCAAAAGCAGCAGAUCCAGCGCAUGAACGAACGGCUGCACGCCCGGGACUUCCUCACCCUGCAGGAGUCCCACCAAUUUGCGCGUCAGCAACGUCGUGACGAAAAACGCUGGAACCGCUUCCGCCAACGUCAGGAACAAACGCUAAAGAACCGAAUCAUUCGGCUCGAGCUGGAAUAUCUGCGCGAGAUGAUGAAGACAAUCCAUCGCAAGACCAGAAGCUACUUCCUGGAAGGAGAACCCGCGAAGCUCGAGGGUGACCAAGCACUAGCUUCCGAUGUCAUUCUGGCCAAGAUCUGCGGCCUGAUUGGCGUGCAGGUUCCCCGACGGGACGGUCCAAACCUGCUGGACCAACACUACUGCGAAAUGGCAGACAAAAUGGCCGCGUGGAUGUGCCGAAUCAUGCAGUCCUGCGGGAUGACCUUCGAGCGACCGGAAGACACAGCGAGACGCUUGUCGGCUGCGUCGAGCAUUUUCGAGGAUCCGAGACCGGCUAGGGAAGCGGCGGCCGCCGCUGAAACGCUAUCGAUUGCGAUGGCGAUUGUGGAUAUUUGCUUGGUGGCGGCCAUUACUCAGGCCGAGGGUGGCAGCAUAGGUACGGUAUCGACGACGGCAUCCCGCGAUGGCAAUGGAGGACGGAGCGUUUCGCAGAUGGUGAUGAAGGCGGAGAGUCAGGAGACGACGCGGACGAUGCGGGACAAGGGCUCGAAGGUGAACUUUUUGCCCGUUGCCAGCGAGUCGGAAGCGAAAUCGGAGGGAGUUGGCGGGGAAGCGAAGGAUAAGAAGUAAUGAUGUUUGGAAUACAAAAUAGUGUGUUGACACUUGAGAUUCUGUUCCUUAUCACGAAACACUGAGAAUGCGAGGGGUUUGUACAGUAUAAUCGUCUUGCAGUAGAAGAAGCAAUGCAAGAGCCUCGGAAAUUCGUGUGUGAUUUGCAACGCUCCAACUCCAAUACGAUUAAAUCAAAUUUUGUACGCGGUUUUGAAGUCGUUGGAUAGGUGGA